AUGUCCGAUUCCCAGCAAUUCACAGAGCCUCUGCCGUUGAACUACAGCCUAGCGGAACGAAAACUGUGUAUCCUUACUUUUUGGCUGCUAGUUUUGUCCGACUCGGUCGUCUUGCCAAUCGGGCUCUACUACCUCCUAACAAGGCUCACAACAUGGUCCAAAACGACAAUUUUCAGUGUCUUGACCUUGACCUUGUUCGGUACGUUCGUGACCGAGUCGUUGCAGAGAUCGUGGUAUCUGUGGCGGAAAGGUUCCACGUGUCGCCUUUCCAAUGCUGGCCGCUACGAUUUUGAUUUUGCCCAGUGGAACAUCCUCGUCGCCUGGGUUAUUAUCAUCGCCGAACUCGGUAUCGGAACCAUCCCCGAGCCACCUAUAAUGCGUAUGCUAGCAAUGCCUGUUCCUUCAAUUUUCUUUAUCUUCGCCCUCGAAAUGCUGGUAUUCGAGGUCCUAUACGUCUUGAAGAAGCCAGCCCCAUUCCGUAUCUCCUCAAUCCCGAAAGGUGACCCAAUGCGUCCCGCAAUCUAUCCGCUGCUGGAAGACAUUGUCGCGGUGGACGGUAAAGGAGGGACCGAAUUCCGAACCCGCCUGGAUCAGCGGUACAAGACUAGUCCGCCCUUUCGCGAGAUGCUGCACCGAGUGACAAUGCUAUGGGCGGUACCUCAAGUGGUGGUGGCGGGGGGGACGCUGGCGGGGAUAGUUAUUGCGGACAGCGAGCUGGCUUAUACGCUUGGCUGGUCGGUGCCUGCCAUUUGGGCCGGGAUCUGGGUACUGUUAACAGUGAUCUGCGUUCGGCUGGACCUGAGACGAGAACGACAUUACUGGAGGAGAGUGCGAUUUACCCAGCAGCUGCAGGAGGAAGAGACACUGGUAGUAAUCGAUGGGGAGGCUGUAGAUACCGCUGAGGAUGAAGACGCCAAAUGA